AUGACCAAGAUUGAACUGUUCGACACGCCUGUGUAUGCUAACUACGACAUCCCGACGGGCAUUCAACAGGAUGGGGAUGUCACCGUAGAACUCCAAGAUGGGGAGCUCCAGUGCGACGAAAUGACCUUGCUGAACCUCGGCUUCCCUGCAAAUCUCGAGUUCAAGUUCAAGUUCUCGGAUACUACAAAGAAAACUUUCAUGAUGAUGCUGUUUGUCCUCGAAAAUAUCGGCCCCUUAGACACUUCUCUCAUCAUGAGUUACCGGCAAGUUGACGAUUUGAUUCGUGGCUUCGCGGACUGCGAACUUCUGGGCGGCUUGGAGCUCUGUGACUUUCCUUUGGAAACCACACUGGAGGAACUCAAGCAAGCCCCGAGAAGUGAAGCAUGGCUGUCCCCAAGGCUUUUGGACAAUUCCGCUUCUUGGCUAUUGCGGUCUCCUUUGUGGUCCCGCAUCCUACCAAACUCCAACCUCCAAGAUGCUCCUCGAGGCGACUCGGCCAUUGUGCAAUUCAGCAACUCGGGCGGUGUGGCCCUCAUGUACUUGGUGGAGCAAGUCCUACUUGCCUCUCGGAUUUCAAACAUCCACAAUGACGACCAGCCCCUACCAAAUGUAGUACUUGAAACAUUCGAGUCCUACUUGACCCUCAACACAAAGGCAUUCAAAGAGUAUCAAGUCGAUCUUGGAUGUUUUGGAGCACACGAGCCCGACGCGUUCACCAUUGUUGUGAGAAGCGGAAUAGACCAACAGCAAUACACAGCAUCUCUACAGUUCAUGGCAGAUCGCAGCACCUUCUUCCAAAAAGCAGUAGCACAAAACGAACUUCAUGGCAAAAACGAGAAACUGGUCCUUGUGUUGCCUGACUGCAAGCCGUCGACAUUCCAAAAAGCAUCCUUUUUCAUAGACAAACAAGAUCUCACACUACUGAACCAAUGGCUCAUCUGUCUGCGCCCCUGUGAACUUUACGAGAUUCUACGCUUUUACGACACGGACGGGUUUGAAAAGCAGUUGAAGCUCUUUGAUGUCUGCUGCGCACGGAAGAUGGCGCAUAUGAACCAACCGUCUAGCCUUGCCCAAGACUUGGAAAGUACGAUAUCUUCCACGGCCAUCUGA